CAUCCCAUAGUCACCAAGGACCGCCGAGAGAAGAAAGUUCCUGAGGAUGACGAUGAUGAUGACUUUACCUUGCCUGAGGGUGUUGAGCCAUUGCUGAACGAGACUCCAAUCUAUACUGAUACUACUGCUGCUGGUAUUUCCCUGUUGUUUGCCCCACGCCCAUUUAACAUGAGAUCUGGUCGGACAAGGCGUGCUGAAGAUAUACCCCUUGUGUCAGAUUGGUUUAAGGAGCAUUGUCCUCCAUCAUAUCCUGUCAAGGUGCGUGUCAGUUAUCAGAAGCUACUGAAAUGUUUUGUGUUGAAUGAGCUGCAUCAUAGACCUCCCAAGGCCCAGAAGAAGAAGCAUCUUUUCCGCUCACUUCAGGCCACAAAAUUUUUCCAAACCACAGAACUUGAUUGGGCUGAAGCUGGUCUCCAAGUUUGCAAGCAGGGAUACAAUAUGCUGAAUCUCUUGAUCCAUAGGAAAAACCUGAAUUAUCUUCACCUUGAUUACAAUUUUAAUUUGAAGCCUGUUAAGACACUAACUACAAAGGAACGUAAGAAAUCCCGGUUUGGUAAUGCUUUCCACCUUUGUCGUGAAAUUCUGCGUUUGACAAAGUUAGUUGUUGAUGCCAAUGUUCAGUUCCGUCUGGGAAAUGUUGAUGCAUUUCAGCUGGCAGAUGGAUUGCAAUACAUUUUUUCACAUGUGGGUCAGUUGACGGGUAUGUACCGUUACAAGUACAGGCUUAUGAGGCAGAUUCGAAUGUGUAAGGAUUUGAAACAUUUGAUCUAUUAUCGAUUCAAUACUGGGCCAGUUGGAAAAGGUCCUGGUUGUGGUUUCUGGGCACCUAUGUGGAGGGUGUGGUUAUUCUUCCUUCGGGGUAUAGUGCCUCUUCUGGAACGAUGGUUGGGAAACUUACUGGCGAGGCAAUUUGAGGGUCGUCAUUCGAAGGGGGUGGCCAAAACUGUCACAAAGCAACGUGUUGAAAGCCACUUUGACUUGGAGCUCCGUGCUGCAGUAAUGCAUGAUGUCCUUGAUGCUAUGCCAGAGGGUAUCAAGCAAAAUAAAGCGAGAACCAUUUUGCAGCAUCUAAGUGAAGCAUGGCGUUGUUGGAAGGCAAAUAUUCCUUGGAAGGUCCCAGGUUUGCCUGUUCCUAUUGAGAACAUGAUUCUUCGUUAUGUCAAAUCAAAAGCUGAUUGGUGGACAAAUGUUGCUCACUACAACCGUGAACGUAUAAGAAGAGGAGCAACUGUUGACAAGACUGUGUGUCGUAAAAACCUUGGAAGAUUGACUCGCCUUUGGCUGAAGGCUGAACAGGAGCGGCAACAUAACUACUUGAAAGACGGCCCAUAUGUUACUCCAGAAGAAGCAGUAGCUAUUUAUACUACCACUGUGCAUUGGUUGGAGUCGAGGAAGUUUUCUCCUAUUCCAUUCCCUCCAUUGUCAUACAAGCAUGACACGAAGCUACUUAUCCUUGCCCUUGAGAGACUGAAAGAAUCUUACAGUGUGGCUGUGAGGUUAAACCAACAGCAAAGGGAAGAGUUGGGCCUCAUUGAGCAAGCUUAUGAUAAUCCGCAUGAGGCAUUGUCAAGGAUUAAGCGUCACCUGCUUACUCAGCGUGCCUUCAAAGAAGUUGGCAUAGAGUUCAUGGACUUGUACAGUUACCUGAUUCCUGUUUAUGAGAUCGAACCACUUGAGAAGAUUACUGAUGCGUACCUGGAUCAGUACCUAUGGUAUGAAGGUGAUAAGCGCCAUCUUUUCCCAAAUUGGAUUAAGCCUGCCGAUUCAGAGCCACCACCACUAUUAGUGUAUAAAUGGUGUCAAGGCAUAAACAAUUUGCAAGGAGUAUGGGACACCAGUGAAGGACAGUGUGUGGUGAUGCUGCAGACGAAGUUUGAGAAAUUCUUUGAAAAGAUUGACCUGACCAUGUUGAACAGGCUUCUGCGUUUGGUGCUGGACCACAAUAUUGCUGAUUAUGUUACUGCAAAAAACAACGUUGUGCUGUCUUACAAAGAUAUGAGUCACACAAAUUCAUAUGGGCUAAUACGUGGUCUUCAAUUUGCUUCAUUUGUUGUACAGUACUAUGGGCUUGUGUUGGAUCUCUUGCUCCUAGGUUUAACUCGAGCUAGUGAAAUUGCUGGUCCACCACAGAUGCCCAAUGAAUUCAUAACCUUUAGUGAUACUAGAGUGGAAACGAGGCAUCCUAUCCGGUUGUACUCUCGCUACAUUGACAAGGUGCAUAUAUUAUUUCGCUUCACUCAUGAAGAGGCUCGGGACCUUAUCCAAAGAUAUCUUACUGAGCAUCCUGAUCCCAACAAUGAAAACAUGGUUGGUUAUAACAACAAGAAAUGCUGGCCAAGGGACGCAAGAAUGAGGCUCAUGAAGCAUGAUGUUAAUCUUGGGAGAAGUGUCUUCUGGGACAUGAAGAAUCGGCUGCCUAGAAGUAUUACUACAUUGGAGUGGGAAAACAGCUUUGUCUCUGUUUAUAGCAAAGAUAACCCAAACUUGCUCUUCAGCAUGUGUGGAUUUGAAGUUCGG